AGUCACAGAACAUUACCAUGGCAGAAGGACUGCCCAGUGAUGCGAAGGGGGCUGUACUGAUGCCCAGCGACUCCCUACCCGAAGGCACGCCCCAGGUCAGAGGUUAUGACUUCAAUCGCGGGGUCAACUAUGAGGCUCUGCUACAAAAGCUACAUGACCACUGGCUUCCAGGCCCUGCACUAUGGCCAGGCUGUACGGGAGGUCAACAACAUGAUGGAAACAAAGCUUUCAUCCCCUGGGGGAUGUGUCAUCUUACUGGGAUACACUUCCAAUCUGAUCAGCUCCGGUGUGCGAGAGAUCAUCCGUUAUUUGGCAGAACACAACAUGGUUGAUGUCAUUGUAACAACAGCAGGUGGCAUAGAAGAGGACUUGAUAAAAUGUCUUGCACCCACAUACUUGGGGGACUUCAGCAUGAAGGGGGCAGAUUUAAGGCCAAAGGGCAUCAACAGGAUCGGUAAUCUUCUUGUUCCAAAUAAUAAUUACUGUCUGUUUGAGGACUGGAUCACCCCAAUACUGGACCAGAUGGUGUUAGAGCAAGACACUGAGGGGACUAAGUGGACACCAUCUAAGAUGAUUGCUCGUCUAGGGAAAGAAAUUAAUCACCCAGACUCUGUCUAUUACUGGGCCUAUAAGAACAAUAUCCCUGUGUACAGCCCAGCACUGACAGAUGGCUCUCUGGGUGAUAUGCUCUAUUUCCAUUCGUACAAGAAUCCUGGCUUAAAGUUGGACAUUGUAGAAGAUAUCCGCCGGCUGAAUUCCUCUGUGGUCUUUGCCAAAAAGACGGGAAUGAUCAUUUUGGGAGGAGGAUUAGUUAAACACCACAUUUGCAAUGCUAAUCUCAUGAGGAAUGGUGCAGAUUAUGCCGUGUAUAUCAACACAGCGCAGGAAUUUGAUGGUUCGGACGCUGGUGCCAGACCUGAUGAAGCAGUGUCAUGGGGGAAGAUUCGCAUGGAUGCCAACCCAGUCAAGGUCUAUGCAGAUGCCACCCUGGUAUUUCCUCUGCUGGUGGCACAGACGUUUGCGCAGAGACAUGCAGAUUUCACAAAGCAGAAAGACCAGGAUCCAUAA